AUGACGAUUGUAAAACCUGUAACUGAACAAGAAAAGGCAAAAGCCUUAGUGUUGUUAAGGCAUCAUUUACAUGAAGGCCUUAAAACCGAGUACAUGAUGGAUUUCAAAUCUGUAAUUGAUUACAAUUCAUCUAUACAUGAGAUAGUAUCUAUAUUGAGAUAUUGUGAUCAUCCAGUCACCGAUGAACAGAUGAUUGAAACAACACUCACUACCUUUCAUGCAAGCAACAUAUUGUUGCAAGAACAAUAUCGUGAAAGAGGUUUCAAAAAGUUUAAUGAAUUGAUGAGUGUAUUGCUUGUUGCUGAACAAAUUAUUGCUGAACAAAAUAAUGAUCUUUUGUUGAAAAAUCAUAAUCUUAAACCAACUGGGUCUCUGGCCACUCAUGAGGCCAAUGCCACAAAUUCUUAUCCACCCGAGGCAAAUGCAACACAAAGAAGUGGAUGUGGAAAUUACAAUGGACGUGGAAGAGGUCGUGGACGUUAUAGAAAUAAUUUUCAAAGAAACAGUAAUUUCAAAAAUUCUGAAAAACAGAAGGGACAGUCAUCUGGAAGCCACAAACAAACUCCUUCAAAAGGAAAAACACAUGUUACAGAUGUGGCAUGA